AACGUGUUUUUCUUUUCCUUGCAGGUCACACGGGGCGAUUGUUGAAAUCUUUGCUCGCCAUCAGCUUCAUUUUCCUGUGUUCACAUCCCAUCUUCCAGCUUUGCCUCCAUACCGUGCCGGGAUUGGACGAUCUGCUGGGCCAUAACUGUAGUGACUGGGACGUUUUGGCUCGUCAUGUCGGAGUGAUUCGGUUGGACUUCUAUGACGUCCCCAACGCGUUGCGGCUGGUGUCUCCGGAUUUCGGGAUGUUCUUGGUGUCGGCUGUGUGUCUGGGGCUGUGCAACCGACUGGUGCCCCGGCAGAGAUCGUCACGCGGGAGAAUCCGCAGGACAACCCAUGUGACAGAACAGGAAGAAGAGGAGCGAAGGGAGACGGGGGCUGGGAAUGAUGACACGGAGGAGGAGGAGGAAGAAGAGGACGAUGUGAAGAUCUCUCCACUUGACGGGGUUCUGGCGUCACGAAUUAAGGAGGCCGCCCACAAAGUGCUGGAGGCCGUGAGGAAGUGUCUGGCUCUGCUGCUGCUGGCAUUGGCAGGAAUCGCCGUUCCCUCCGCCUUCUCUGCCGUCUACUACUUGGUUUUCAUUGGCUUUUGCACGUGGUGGGCGUGUCACUUCCCCAUCAGCCAUAUUGGACUGAACACGCUAAGCGUCAUGGUCGGCUUUUUCGCUGGAGGUCACCUGAUCUGUCUGUACGGCUACCAAACCCCGUUCAUCCAAGAGCUGUUCCCUUCUGCGGAGCUGUGGGCGAGGUAAGUGUCCCUCUGACUGGAAAUGUGUGGGUGAGGUAAGUGUCCCUCUGACUGGAAAUGUGUGGGUGAGGUAAGUGUCCCUCUGAUUGGAAAUGUGUGGGCGAGGUAAGUGUCCCUCUGACUGGAAAUGUGUGGGUGGGGUAAGUGUCCCUCUGACUGGAAAUGUGUGGGCGAGGUAAAUGUCCCUCUGAUUGGAAAUGUGUGGGUGAGGUAAGUGUCCCUCUGACUGGAAAUGUGUGGGUGGGGUAAGUGUCCCUCUGACUGGAAAUGUGUGGGCGAGGUAAGUGUCCCUCUGAUUGGAAAUGUGUGGGUGAGGUAAGUGUCCCUCUGACUGGAAAUGUGUGGGUGAGGUAAGUGUCCCUCUGGAAAUGUGUGGGUGAGGUAAGUGUCCCUCUGAUUGGAAAUGUGUGGGUGAGGUAAGUGUCCCUCUGACUGGAAAUGUGUGGGCGAGGUAAGUGUCCCUCUGACUGGAAAUGUGUGGGUGAGGUAAGUGUCCCUCUGGAAAUGUGUGGGUGAGGUAAGUAACCCUCUGACUGGAAAUGUGUGGGUGAGGUAAGUGUCCCUCUGGAAAUGUGUGGGCGAGGUAAGUGUCCCUCUGACUGGCGGGAGAAUAAUGUGUGACGAAUGGCGGGGAAUGUGGCGGCCGAUCGUUUUCUCUCACAUUCUCCACUUUCCUUCUUCUCAUUAUUCAGGCUGUAAAUUUUCUCCAAUACUAAGCCACACCCACCUCCAUGUACUGGACAAGCAGAUCUGCCUCCAUGUACUGACACAUCUGAUUAGGGAUGAGGUCGGGUGAUCGGCGGGGAUGAGGUCGGGUGAUCGGCGG